CAUCAUGCACUAUAAAAAUUCACUCUGCUAUAAAAUUAGUUACAAUCAUUCUAGACAAGCACCAAUUUGUUAUUGAGAUUACAAGAUUAAGAAUCAGUAGAUCUACCAGCUAUAUCAUUAUUUUAUCAGAGCCUUGUGGGACCAUCCUGCAUCUGCAACCUGCAACCUGCACCUGUGCUGAGACUAGUACUGCAGGCAAGUUAUCUGUCAGACAAACACUAAAAUAAAAUCAACCGAUAUGAAUGAAGAGAAGCCAUCGGUGGCCACAUCUACAUCUACAGCACCCCCUCCAGCCUACACAUCUGGACCAACCCACAACCCCUCACAGUACCCCCCACAAUAUGGUAAUCCACCUCAGCAGCAGCAUAAAGUGACUGUGGUCACAACCGUACCAGUUCGGCAACCAGAGGUGUGGAUUUCUUCCCGUGGUGCAGUCCCGCCGCCUGAUCGGGGUCGUAUUGUCAUUGGCGGAGAAGCUCGAUAUAGAUACGGCCAGUUGACGUCUACCAACUACACUUAUGCUGACGAGCUGCCUUGCCUGGCAAAUGGAAUGCUUGUGUGCAUAGUCUGCUGUUUCUUUGUUCUGUCCCCCAUUUCUCUGGUGUGCUCUGUAUCUGCUUACUACUUCAUCAAGAAGGCGAAUGAUAAAGCUAAUGUCCAGAAUGACAUACCAGCUGCCAGGAGCGCUUACCGUUGUUUCAACUUCUCUCUGUGUGGCCUAGCCUUCUGGUUUGGGUUUGUCUUGGUGCUAACCAUCGCACUGGGCUUACUGGGAGGGUUGGGGUUCUGAAGCCAUCAUCAUCAAUGCUGGACAAUGGACAAAUUCCUGUGUUGUGUUUAACAAAUGUGUUUUGACUAGAGUAAAGUAUCAAUUAUCAGACAAUCAA